AUUUCAUUUGUCUCAAUGUUGGGAAACCAGACAAAGAUGCCAGAAUUUAUUCUCCUGGGAUUUCGGGAAUUCUACGAAUUGCAGACACUUCUUUUCCUGACAUUUCUGGUAAUUUAUGUUGUGACCAUAACUGGAAAUAUUCUUACGUUUGCCCUUAUUGUCUUUGAUCAGCACCUUCAUACCCCCAUGUACUUUUUCCUGGGGAAUCUCUCCUUCCUGGAGGCCUGCUGUAGCUCCAAUAUAUUCCCACGGAUGCUUUUGGCUCUCAUUACUGGAGACAGAAGGAUUUCCUACAACAGCUGCUUAACACAGUGGUAUCUCUUUGGUUCCUUGGAAGCUACAGAAUGCUUUUUACUCUGUGUGAUGUCUUAUGACAGGUACCUAGCAAUCUGUAAACCAUUGCACUAUGCAACAACUAUGAAAACCCAGACUUCUAUCCAUUUAGCAGCUGCAUCUUGGUUCAGUGGAUUUAUAGCUUGCUUGAUAUUACUCAUUUUGAUAUUACAGUUAAUGUUUUGUGGCCCUAGUGAAAUGGAUCAUUACUUCUGUGAAUACUUCCCUCUUCUCAGACUCUCUUGCAGCGACACCAGUGUGUUGGAAAUUGCAAGUUACAUUGUGGCUGUCAUAUUUACAGUCCCUCCAUUUGUUCUAACUAUAACUUCCUAUGUAUACAUUAUUGCUGCCAUUUUAAGGAUCCCCUCUGCCACUGGGAGGCAAAAGGCCUUUUCCACCUGCUCCUCUCACUUGAUUGUGGUUUCAGUUUUUUAUGGCACACUCAUGAUUGAGUAUAUGAUACCGAAGUCAACAGAGAACAGAGAGAUGCAAAAGAUUUCUUCUCUCUUGUACACAGCUCUGUCGCCUCUGGCCAACCCAUUUAUAUACAGCCUAAGGAACAAGGAGGUAAAAAAUUCACUGAGGAAUAAUAUUAGGAAACUUGUGAG